AUGCCAAUUAAACUGCAAGCUAAGAUGUUUUCAUACAAGCUUGAAAAUGUGCCUGUACGUACGAGGGGCGGGACAGCCCAGGCAAGCGUGAGUAACAAGCCAAGGCCAGAAAGGUCAGCUGGGGCAGUGACUCCUACAGUGGUGGCGAAUGUUGAGGUUUUGUCAGCAAAGACCAGAGUGACAUUGCAGGAGCGAGCUCAUCAAUUUAGGAUCGGAAUGGUUACUAUUGAAAACGAGUAUUACCUAAGGACAAUCCUGCUUUUGUGCGAAGGUGGUGCGUAUAUUGCCAAACAUAUUAUUGGCCGAGAGCUACCAAAAUAUGGAGGGGACUUAGAUACAUUGCUGAAACAGUUCAAAAAUAAACUUAGGCAUGAGUUUCAUGAGAAAAAAAUGGAAAAGUUGUUUCCAAACAACUGUUCUGACAAAACUGAUUUCAAUAAAUGGGAUAUCCAAAUGCUUAUUGGCGUGACGCUUCUUCUGUUCCGUAAAUCACUGAGUCACGACGAAAAACAAAAAUUGAAAACUAUCAAGUUUAUUAGGCACGAAAUUCUAGCACAUAGCCUAUCUGCCUCAAUAUGCUUAGAAAAGUAUGAGGACGUGCGACAAGACUUAAGAGAUGCGAUUAACACAUUAGCUGGCGGAUUUGACCAAACUGUUAAAAACAAAUGUAAAGAAUACAUUAAAACUUAUGCAUUUGACCCUUUUGAGGUAAAGUCUGCAAUUAAGAGAUUACAGGAUGCGAAAGACACCGACGACCUGUUCCAAGAAGUCACAAAUAUAAUUAUAAAAUCAAAGGAAACGUUGUCAAAUGAAAUACAUGGAGUUGAAAGUAUUGUUAGGCAAGAUGGAAGGACUAAUGAAAAGUUAACAGAUAAACUGAAUCUUGUUGAGGUGAAUGUCAGACAGGAUGUUAAAACAACGACAGAAAAAUGGACAGAAGAAAUGGAGAAAAUAGAAGGGGCCGAAUGUAACUCUUUUCAGGCUCUAACUGAAGUUAAAUGUCAAAUUAGAAGUGGGUUUACGUUUUAUGAUUUAAGCGGAUUAUUUUACUCUAUUUAUUUUAUUGUGAAAUAGAAAUAUUACGUUGCUUAAAUGCCUAUGAUUUUGAAUUAACGGACUAAGUACAUACUUUGUAUUAUAUAAUUAUAUUUAGUGUAUAUGUUUAUCCAUGUCAUUUCCGACGAUUUUUAUUUAUUACAAGAACUGCAAUCUAACUGAAAUUUUUAUUUCGUUUUAAAAAUUUCCAAAAUAAACGUGGUUGUCAAGUUUAAACUUGCAAGUCUGUGAAGUUAACUUCUUGAAUGAUAA